GUUUGGGGUGGGGUUUCGCACCGUCUCCUCCUCCCCGCCCCCGACCCCCUUCCAGGCGCUUUCUGCGAGCUUCCAGAAGUGCGCUGGGAAGUUUAAAGAGCGGAGGGGCGCCGGCGCUGUAGGCAGGGACAAUGGAAGAAAAUGAAAGCCAGAAAUGUGAGCCGUGCCUUCCUCACCCGGCGGACAGCAGACACACGCGGGAACAAGGAAAAAGCAAUCUGCAUGUAACUUCGUUAGAAGAUGCAGAAUGUCGCAGAACCAAGGAACGCCUUUCUAAUGGGAACAGUCGAGUUUCGGUUUCCAAGGCUUCCCGAAAUAUCCCAAGGAGACACACCCUAGGUGGGCCCCGAAGUUCCAAAGAAAUACUGGGAAUGCAAACAUCUGAGAUGGAUAGGAAGAGAGAAGCUUUCCUGGAACAUCUAAAGCAGAAAUACCCCCAUCAUGCCACAGCAAUCAUGGGCCACCAGGAGAGGCUGAGAGACCAGACAAGAAGUCCCAAACUGUCUCACAGUCCUCAGCCUCCCAGUUUGGGCGACCCUGUGGAGCAUUUAUCCGAGACCUCUGGAGACUCUUUGGAAGCCAUGUCUGAGGGAGAAGCUCCAAGUCCGUUUUCCAGAGGCAGCCGAACUCGAGCGAGCCUCCCGGUGGUGAGGUCGACCAACCAGACAAAAGAAAGAUCUCUGGGGGUUCUCUAUCUCCAGUACGGAGAUGAAACCAAGCAGCUCAGGAUGCCCAAUGAAAUCACAAGUGCGGACACGAUCCGGGCUCUCUUCGUAAGUGCCUUUCCACAACAGCUCACCAUGAAGAUGCUGGAGUCACCCAGUGUUGCCAUUUACAUCAAAGAUGAAAGCAGAAAUGUAUAUUAUGAAUUAAAUGAUGUAAGGAACAUUCAGGACAGAUCGCUCCUCAAAGUGUACAACAAGGAUCCGGCACAUGCGUUCAAUCACACACCCAAAACUGUGAACGGCGACAUCAGGAUGCAGAGAGAAAUCGUGUAUGCAAGAGGAGAUGGCCCUGGCGCCUGUCGACCUGGAUCCGCGGCUCACCCGGCCCACGCCAUCCCAAACUCCCCGCCGUCCACUCCGGUGCCCCAUUCCAUGCCUCCGUCCCCAUCCAGAAUUCCUUACGGGGGCGCGCGCCCGCUCGUGGUCCCCGGCAACGCCACCAUCCCCAGGGACAGGCUCUCCAGCCUGCCGGUCUCCAGAUCCAUCUCCCCCAGCCCCAGCGCCAUCCUGGAGAGAAGAGACGUCAAGCCGGACGAAGACCUGGGCGGCAAGAACAUGGCUCUGUACCGCAGCGAGGGCUUCUAUGCCGACCCUUACCUGUACCACGAGGGGCGCAUGAGCAUCGCCUCGUCCCACGGCGGGCACCCGCUGGACGUCCCCGACCACAUCGUGGCGUAUCACCGCACGGCCGUCCGCUCGGCCAGCGCCUACUGCAGCCCGGCCCUGCAGGCGGAGAUGCACAUGGAGCAGUCGCUCUACAGGCAGAAGUCCAGGAAAUACCCAGACAGCCACUUGCCCACGCUGGGCUCCAAAACGCCCCCCGCCUCCCCUCACCGAGUCAGCGACAUGAGAAUGGUGGACAUGCACCCCCAUCACAACGCCCACGGGCCCCCUCACCCGCUGCAGGCGGACCGGGCCUCGCCCAGCCGCCAGGCCUUCAAAAAGGAGCCGGGCACCUUGGUGUAUAUUGAAAAGCCACGGACCUCCCCGGGCUUAGCCGGCCUCGUGGACCUCGGCCCUCCUCUAGUGGAGAAGCAGGUGUUCGCUUACAGCACCGCCACGAUCCCCAAGGACCGAGAGACCAGUGAGAAAAUGAUGAAAACAACAGCCAAUAAGAACCACACAGAUAGUGCAGGAACUCCCCUUGUUUCUGGUGGGAAGACUCUCAGCGCCCUGGAGGGGCCACCCAGCCAGCCCCUCCCUGCCAGCACCUCGGCCGUCCACAUGAGCCUGCUCGACAUGAGGCGGAAUGUGGCCGAGCUCAGGCUCCAGCUGCAGCAGAUGCGACAGCUCCAGCUGCAGAACCAGGAGCUGCUGAGGGCCAUGAUGAAGAAGGCUGAGCUGGAAAUCAGUGGCAAAGUGAUUGAAACGUUGAAGAGACUGGAGGAUCCUGUGCAACGACAGCGUGUCCUCGUGGAGCAAGAGAGACAGAAAUACCUGCACGAAGAGGAGAAGAUCGUCAAGAAGCUGUGUGAGCUGGAGGACCUUGUUGAAGACCUGAAGAAGGACUCCGCAUCGGCUGGCCGAGUGGUUACCCUGAAAGAUGUGGAAGAUGGGGCUUUCCUCCUGCGGCAAGUGGGAGAAGCUGUAGCUUCCCUGAAAGGAGAAUUCCCUACCUUACAAAACAAGAUGCGAGCCAUCCUGCGCAUAGAGGUGGAGGCCGUGCGGUUUCUGAAGGAGGAGCCACACCGGCUGGACAGUCUCCUGCAGAGAGUGCGGAGCAUGACCGACAUCCUGACCAUGCUGCGCAGACAUGUCACCGAUGGGCUCUUGAAAGGUACAGAUGCAGCCCAGGCUGCUCAGUAUGUCGCUAUGGAAAAGGCCACUGCUGCAGAAGUCCUAAAGAACCAGGAGGAGGCGUCCCACGCCCCGGGCCAGCCCCUCCAUGGCUCAGGAGUCCCUCGAGAUGUGAAGUCGGAAGUGGUGCCCUUGACGGUUCACCACGCACAGAGCUCUCCUGUGGUCAUCCAGCCCUCCCAGCUCUCCUCUGCCCCGCUGAACCCUGCCCAACACCCAGCCAGCCCCCAAGCUGUCACACAGGAAGUGACCUCAGCUCUGCAGUCAUCACAGGCAACUCAGUCCCCACAGACGCCCGUGAAUGGUUCCUCCAUGCAGAGCUUGUUCAUUGAAGAAAUCCACAGUGUGAGCGCCAGGAACAGGGCCGUGUCUAUUGAGAAAGCAGAAAGGAAAUGGGAAGAGAAAAGACAAAAUCUGGACCACUAUAAUGGGAAAGAGUUUGAGAAGCUCCUAGAGGAAGCUCAGGCCAAUAUCAUGAAGUCAAUUCCAAACCUGGAGAUGCCCCCAGCCUCUGGCCCACAGUCAAAGGGCGAUGCUCCCAUGGACAAGCUGGAACUUUCAGAAGACUCUUCAAACUCAGAACAGGACUUGGACAAGCUGGGGGGCAAGUCCCCACCCCCUCCUCCCCCGCCCCCAAGACGGAGCUACCUGCCGGGAUCAGGGCUCACCACCACCAGGUCCGGCGACGUGGUCUACACCAGCAGGAAGGAGACCGCCACUAAGGCAAGCAGUGAAGAUGCUGGACCCAGCCCGCAGGCCAGAGCCAUAAAAUGCCCAACAGAGGAGCCUGCUUCAGCCUGGACCCCAUCCCCACCACCAGUCACUACCUGCUCCUCCAAGGAUGAAGAGGAGGAAGAAGAGGGAGACAAAAUCAUGGCAGAGCUCCAGGCAUUCCAGAAGUGUUCCUUUAUGGAUGUAAAUUCAAACAGUCAUGCUGAGCAGUCCCGGGCUGACAGUCACGUUAAAGACACUAGGCCGGGGGCCACAGUCUCACCCAAGGAGAAGAAGAAUUUGGAAUUUUUCCAUGAAGACGUACGGAAAUCUGAUGUUGAAUAUGAAAGUGGCCCCCAAAUGGAAUCCCAAAAGGUCACCACAGGUGCUCUUACACAUAGUGACCAUCCUAAGUGGGAAAGAGGAAUGGAGAAUAGUAUUUCUGAUGCAUCAAGAACAUCAGAAUAUAAAAUUGAUAUCUUAAUGAAGGAAAACUCUGUAUCCAAUAAGAGUUCACUUAGAGACAGUAGAAACUAUUCCCAGAAAAGUGUGUCUAAGGUCAAUUCCAGUUUCCCUGGCACUAGUUCCUUAGAAGAUGAAAUAAGCAAAGGGCCUCCAGUCUCAGGACUGCAGGACCCUCUAUCGGACACCGAGAAUCAGAAGAUGAAUUAUGGAAAGACAACAGAGAUGAGUCAGCAAGAUCAAGAAAAUACCGAUAGGUGUCGCCUACUGUCUCCCACUAGAUCAACUGAAAUGAGUAUUUGUGAUGUCAAAACUCAAGAUCAAGGGGUUCCUGUGACAGAGUUUGGCCAAGUUGUGCUAAGACCCAAGGGCGCUUGGCCUGCUAAUAACAUGAAGCCUAAUGAGGACAGAGAAUCCACCCCAAGUUCCCCCACUGAAGAAAGCGCACCCCCAGACAACAUCGCCUUCAUGAUCACCAGGACCGCGGUGCAGGUCCUCUCCAGCGGGGAGGUGCGCGACAUCGUGAGCAGAAAGGGAGAGGAGGUGCAGACGGUGAACAUUGACGCCAGGAAGGAGAAGCCUUCCCAGCCGGAGGGGACUGAGCACGAGGAGCCGGUCGUGUGCCUGGACAAGAAACCGGUCAUCAUCAUUUUCGACGAACCCAUGGACAUCCGGUCGGCCUAUAAGAGACUCUCAACCAUAUUUGAGGAGUGCGACGAGGAACUGGAGAGAAUGCUGACGGAGGGGAAGAUAGAGGAGGAAGACGAGGAGGAGAGCGGCGACGCGGGGGCCCAGGGGCACGCCUCGCAGAAGGUGCUCAGGGCUGCGCCGCGCAGCCCCGGGCCAGGCCCGCAGGCUGGGAGGCCCCUGCCGCCGCACCUCCUCUCGGGCGACACCGGGGCACCGGGACAGGAAAGGAGUCAGGCCGAGCCCACCGCCUGCGGCCAAGCACACUCUCCAAGUUCAGAAAGCAAGUGCGACGGGCCGUGCGACCAGUCGGAAAGCCCCAAGAAGAAGUUCAAGUUCAAAUUCCCUAAGAAGCAGCUGGCCGCCCUCACCCAGGCCAUCCGCACGGGAACCAAAACGGGCAAGAAGACCCUGCAGGUGGUGGUCUACGAGGAGGAAGAGGAGGACGGGGCGCUGAAGCAGCACAGGGAAGCCGGCCGGUUCGAAAUCACCCGGCCUCAGCCCGAGGACACCCUCCCCGGCAGGCUCCGGAGGCGAGAGCCGCCCGGCCUGGACAGCACGUCUCCCGUCUCCAGAACGGAUGAAAUUCGGAAUAACACCUACAGAACGCUCGACAGCCUGGAGCAGACCAUCAAACAGCUGGAAAACACAAUCAGUGAAAUGAGCCCCAAAGCCCUAGUUGAGACCACAUGUUCCUCCAACAGAGAUUCUGUUGCAAGCUCAUGCCACGUAGCCCGGGAGGCCUCUCCCCAAUCCUUGCUAGUUCUGGAAGAAGUUCCCACUGCCCUAGAGCCCCCCUCAUCAAUACCUUCAGCUUCACGUAAGGCCUCCAGUGGGGCCCCACAGACGAGCAGGAUGCCAGUCCCCAUGAGCUCCAAGAACAGACCCGGCAGCCUGGACAAACCCGGCAAGCAGACCAAACUGCAGGAUCCCCGACAAUAUCGUCAGGCUAAUGGAAGUGCUAAGAAAGCUGGUGGGGACUGUAAGCCUACUUUCCCCUCCUUACCUGCUUCUAAGAUUCCAGCCCUUUCUCCCAGCUCUGGGAAAAGCGGUUCCCUGCCCUCUUCUAGCGGUGACAGCUCUAACUUCCCUAAUCCAACUGCUUCUAAACCAUCGGUUACUUCUAACCCUCUCAGCCCCCAAACAGGACGAUCUGCUUCCUCUGCCUCCCUCAUCCCCUCUGUCUCUAAUGGCUCCUUAAAGUUUCAGAGCCCCACUCACGCAGGUAAAGGUCACCAUCUUUCAUUCUCACUGCAGACUCCAAAUGGCCGAGCAGCCCCUCCUGCCUGUCCCUCCUCCCCGCCCUCCCCCGCCUCCCCCAUUUCACUGAAUCNCCCCAUUUCACUGAAUCAGGGUGCCAAGAGCAUCAGGACCAUCCAUACCCCUAGCCUCACCAGCUACAAGGCACAGAAUGGAAGUUCAAGCAAAGCCACCCCAUCCGCAGCAAAGGAAACCUCUUAAAGGCCAGAUCCAAUUAGGCACAAGUUGGAGUUACAUUUAAAAAAUUUUUUUUAAAAAUUCUGACAGUCUUUAACAACUGUUUUCACAAGAGAAUGUAAUAUUGCUGUACUGUUUGAGGCUUAAUGCUAAGUAUGUGCUAAAUACUGGAUUAAUAGAUUUCAGUAAAGCUUGUUUUUUGCGUUUGUUUUUUUUUUUUUACUUUGUCGCUGUUGUAAUUACAUGAUGUUAACUGUCUAUAUUCAACACCUGUUAAAUGAAGUAAGCAUGUGUUACAGAAAGAGAGUAUGGCGAGAGAGAAGGGUGUGUGAGAGACAGGAAAAAUGUAUUCAGCAUGUAAAACAUGUAUGAUUCCAGAAUUUUAGUAUGUUUUGUAUAAAAAUAUUUUUCAUUACGGAGACUUAGAAGUGAACAGAGAAAUACUCAAGUGUGACUAUACAAAUUGUAAAACAGAUAGUAUAAUAUUUCCUUUUAUUUUAGUGUUAUUUAGCUUUAUUACAGAUUUCUAUUUUUGUCAAAACUUCAUGGUUCCUUUCAAGAUCUUUUUUGCCAAAACAUUUUGAUACUAUAGCAUUGUACAUUUGAAAGUAGUGUCUAGACAAUAAGACAAUGAACUUCUGCACAGACCAACCCAGGGGCAAAUGUAGAAAGCAAUUUAUCAAACCAAUUGCACUGCCACAAAAAUUAUGUAUAAUAAUUUGCCAGCCCAAGCAAGCAAAUUUUCUUUGCCUUUCUCUCUUUCUUCUUCUUUUU